UAUUCCUUCUCUCGGGACUGUUGUGGUGCUGAACGACUUCCCAGCGGGAAUUAGCGAGACCGUCGCUGCUCAGUGUUUUUCGAAAGAAUCCUGGGUUUGUGCCUGACGGCGGGGCGGGAGCUGCACGCAGGGAUGCUCUUCGCCUCUGGGGCAGCGGCGGUGGAAGUGCAGAGAGCCCGGCACCUUACGGGGUUCAUGCCGGUCUGAAAAUACGUUUGGGCUUGUAGCUGUCUUGCUCUGCUUUGUGUGGAAUAUGCUUGAGCUUUCGCUGCAGCCAGGACUCUGCAAUUAUUGAUGCUACAGCUGUGAAUCUUCAGAACUAGGUGGGAUUUAGUGCCUGGCUUGAGGCAGGAAUGAAGGCAGGUUUGGAUAGUGGCUCCUCAACUUAAGCUGCUGUAUCACCGAUGUGCUUUCCUGUAUGCUGCUUUUAUUUCUGCUUACAAAAUGCCAGAUGUCCAUGCAGUUUUAAGCCUUGUUCUUUGAGGAAAAUAAACCAUUCAAGAGGGAGUCAGCAAAAAUAUCCAAUAGGUUUCUGUUUUGAAAAUUGUUUGACUUGCUUGAUUUCCAUGUAAUUUAUCUACAAGAGCUAAUUUAUGCAAGAAUAUCCAGUUACAGACCUGCCAAGGCUAUGAGAGAACGCAGCCAGCAGAGCCUCGGUGGACACGUCCUGUAUGUAGGGUUAUUCAGAAAUCCAGGAAUGCUGCACAGGGCUAAGUACAGCCGAUUCAGGAAUGAUUCCAUAACCUCCCUAGAUGAAGGUACACAAAAUACGUCUUUAAAUAUCAAAGGUUCUUCCUCCUCUUCCCAUUCUUCAACACCCAAUUUACUGACAGAAGAUGUCUCGUUGGGACCACAGGACACCUGCACCACGCUGUGCACGCUGAUCCCCCGGAUGGCCAACAUUAAACUUGCCAACCCAUCAAAUCUGCCGGGCCUGAAAAGCUUCUGCCUGGGAACCAAAGAGGUGCCACGAAUUAAACUCACGGAGUGCGUGACCAUCCCGAGCAGCCCAACCUCGCCUGAGAUCAGCUGCCUGUCGGCCUCCUACCCCCAGCCCGACCUGGACAAGCUGGUGCUAGCCCCAGAGGCAGCGGGUGACUGCGCUGUGCGGGGCGCUGAGGAGGCUGCUGCUGUGGGCAGGCAGGACAGGGGCCUGGCCCAGAGCAGUGAAAGCUCGUACAGCCAGGAGCCAGGAACCACCUACAGCGUGCGGUACAUGGGCUGUAUUGAGGUGCUGCAGUCGAUGAGAUCCCUGGACUUUGGCACACGAACACAAGUCACCAGGGAAGCAAUAAGCCGACUGUGUGAAGCUGUGUCGGGUACAAAUGGAGCUAUAAAAAAGCGGAAGCCUCCAGUGAAGUUUCUGUCUUCUGUACUUGGCAAAAGUAACCUUCAGUUUUCUGGCAUGAAUAUAAAGCUGACCAUUUCAACAAACAGCCUCACUUUGAUUAAUGCUGACACGCAGCAGAUUAUUGCCAACCAUCACAUGCAGUCCAUCUCAUUUGCUUCUGGAGGUGACCCGGAUACAACAGACUACGUGGCAUAUGUAGCAAAAGACCCUGUUAAUCAGAGAGCAUGCCACAUCCUGGAAUGUCCCAAUGGGAUGGCACAGGAGGUGAUCAACACCAUAGGGCAGGCUUUUGAGCUCCGGUUCAGACAGUACCUGAAGAACCCAUCUAGCCUGGUUACAUCUAAUGAAAGUGAGGCAGCAAAUGCUAAUGGAUCAGCUGGGAAUUCACAGGAGAGGGAGGAUCAUCAUGAAUAUUACAACGAAAUUCCAGGGAAGGAGCCUCCCACUGGUGGAGUGUUAGACAUGCGAAUGAAAGUGCAGACAGACCAAAGGGUUAAGUGUCCUGUCCAGUGCAAAAAGCAGUAUUGCUCAACAGGUAUCCCAACCUUCAUCAAUAUAUAUGAAAAUUGUCCAGAAGAAAACAAAACUGUGGGUAAAUGUGAUGAGAGAUCACAGAAGACAAUAAAAGAGGCAACCUCAUUGAAACCUGCCUACAAAGCAGAUCUCUUUGAUGAUCCAUGUUACAUCAACACCCAGUCCCUGCAUUCUGCAGCCUCUGCAGCCCGAGGUCCAGCAACAGCACAGAUCCCUGGGAGCCCUCUGCGCCAGGCCAAGUUACCGGAACCUGUUCAGCAGUGUGCCAUAAGCAACACAGCUGGUCUCUGUGUUCUGCCACAAAUAAAGCAACAGCUAAAGAAUGAAGAUUGUUACCAUGGCAAAUUGAACAGGAAAGCAGCAGAGAGCCUUUUAGUCAACGAUGGGGAUUUUCUGGUACGAGAAAGCACAACAUCACCUGGUCAGUAUGUCCUCAGUGGACUUCAGGGAGGGCAGGCAAAGCAUCUACUCUUGGUGGAUCCUGAGGGCAAGGUGAGAACCAAAGAUCAUAUAUUUGAUAGCGUGGGUCAUCUUAUUCAGUAUCACAUGGAAAACAAUUUACCAAUCAUCUCUUCUGGAAGUGAAGUGAGCUUGAAGCAGCCUGUAAGAAAAGAGAGUAAUAUGGGACAUAUGCAGUAUCACAAAUAAUCCCUUGGAUCUCACAAAUCCUGAGACAAUUCAUACCUGAACUUUCUAUUAUGAAGACAAGUCAAAAAACUAUAGACUGCACUUUCUGCUGCUGUUCCAGAAGAAGCCCUUUUGUGUGUGUAUGUAUGAAUAUAUGUAUAUGUGUAUAUCUAUGUAGAUCUAUAGAGAUCAACAAGCAUAGUUAUAUAGAUACAUAUAAUCUUAAACUUAACAAAAUUACACCUUCAGAGUGUGAGAUUAAUUUGUGACAAGGUAUUUUAGACAUGCACAAAUGUCACUUUCAAGGUCAUACUGAAUCAGUAACUAUUUAAAAGCACAAUUAAAACUCUACAUACAAAAGCUCACUUGAAAGAACUGCUGGAACAUUAGUAUGUGCCUUUUAGCAUAGAACUAUUGAAACCAAUAUUAUUUAUACUGAAUUAGUUUUGGGUGGUUAAACAAACAUGUCUAUGCUUUUAACUAUUUGCCAAAAACAAGUACAAUUUGAAUAUUACUAAAAUGUCAUCUUUCGAUAGACACUAACAUUUUCAUUCUGCUUGUAACAGCACUUUACUAGCAAGUAAUGUUUGAAAUGAAUGGCAUUCACAAUACAGAAAGGUUGUCCAGUUUCUUAAUAAUUUUUUGUCACUGUCUGACUACUCAAAGAUUUGAGAUUACAAACAUUUACAAAGUUGAAAUUAAUAUAUGUAAUAUAAUUUUGGAAUAGAACUUGUUAAGGCACAAGCAUGCUAGAUCUUAAUAUUUUUGUCUUGCAUAUGAUUUUACUAUUAUUAUCACUUAAUACUGGAAACAUCUUUUUAAAGGUAGGCUAAAUAUAUUUUCAUUGAUUACAUAGUUGUUUACAAACUAGAAAAGCUGAACAAAACUAAUGAUACAUUUUGGGAGAAAAUUAUUUAAAAGAUGUUUGAACUUUGCAUGUGUCCUUAGUGUUCUUUCUAAAACAGGAUAGUUUUCCCCUCUUCACAUAGAGUCCAUUUGUUCCUAAACAUGGAAAAAUCUUUUAAAAGAAAUCUAUUAAUUGUUUUACCACAAUAAAUACUCUAAACAUGAACAAUCCUA